AUGACAACCUUCCUAGAAUUCAUCCAGCAGAAUGAAGACAGAGAUGGAGUUAGAUUCAGCUGGAACGUUUGGCCUUCAAGUCGCCUUGAAGCUACAAGAAUGGUAGUCCCAGUGGCUGCUCUCUUUACACCUCUGAAGGAACGACCUGACUUGCCUCCCAUUCAAUAUGAACCAGUUCUGUGCAGUAGGACUACAUGUCGUGCAGUUCUGAAUCCCUUAUGCCAAGUGGAUUAUCGGGCAAAACUUUGGGCUUGCAACUUUUGUUAUCAGAGAAAUCAGUUUCCUCCUACUUAUGCUGGUAUAUCUGAAAUGAAUCAGCCUGCAGAACUUUUACCUCAGUUUUCUAGCAUUGAAUAUGUAGUCCAGCGUGGUCCUCAGAUGCCUUUGAUAUUCCUUUAUGUUGUGGACACUUGCAUGGAAGAUGAAGACUUGCAAGCCUUGAAGGAAUCCAUGCAAAUGUCAUUAAGUCUCCUACCACCAACUGCAUUGGUAGGUCUUAUUACCUUUGGAAGAAUGGUACAGGUUCAUGAACUUGGCUGUGAAGGGAUUUCAAAAAGUUACGUCUUUAGAGGAACAAAAGACCUGUCUGCAAAACAACUUCAGGAAAUGUUGGGGCUUACUAAAGUAGCUGUUUCUCAAGUAGGUCGGGGUCCUCAGGUACAACAGCCGCCACCUUCGAACAGAUUUUUGCAGCCAGUGCAGAAAAUUGAUAUGAAUCUCACUGAUCUAUUGGGUGAAUUGCAACGGGAUCCUUGGCCUGUUCCACAGGGGAAAAGACCUUUGCGGUCCUCUGGGGUAGCUCUUUCUAUAGCUGUUGGACUCCUUGAGUGCACUUUUCCUAAUACUGGUGCACACAUAAUGAUGUUUAUUGGAGGGCCAGCUACUCAAGGACCUGGCAUGGUUGUAGGAGAUGAACUGAAGUUGCCCAUAAGAUCAUGGCAUGAUAUUGAAAAAGACAAUGCCAAAUAUGUGAAGAAGGGUACUAAGCAUUUUGAAGGUCUUGCUAACCGUGCUGCUACAAAUGGUCAUGUUGUUGACAUAUAUGCAUGUGCAUUGGAUCAGACUGGCCUUCUUGAGAUGAAGUGCUGUCCCAACUAUACUGGAGGUUACAUGGUAAUGGGAGAUUCGUUCAAUACAUCUUUAUUCAAACAAACCUUUCAGAGAGUGUUUACCAAAGAUAUGCAAGGGCACUUCAAGAUGGGAUUUGGUGGCACAUUAGAAAUAAAGACUUCAAGAGAAGUAAAAAUUUCAGGAGCUAUUGGGCCCUGUGUUUCCCUCAAUUCUAAAGGACCUUGUGUGUCAGAAAAUGAGAUUGGAACUGGGGGUACGUGCCAGUGGAAAAUCUGCGGACUUAAUCCCACUACAACUCUUGCACUCUACUUUGAGGUAGUCAAUCAGCACAAUGCUCCGAUUCCUCAGGGUGGACGUGGUGCAAUCCAAUUUGUGACUCAGUAUCAGCAUUCAAGUGGGCAGAGACGUAUCAGAGUGACCACCGUUGCCAGAAACUGGGCAGAUGCACAGACACAGAUCCAAAACAUAGCUGCUUCUUUUGACCAAGAGGCAGCUGCUAUUCUUAUGGCUAGAUUGGCAGUUUAUAGGGCAGAGACAGAAGAAGGACCUGAUGUGCUUAGGUGGCUGGACAGGCAACUCAUACGACUGUGUCAGAAAUUUGGAGAAUACCACAAGGAUGAUCCAAGUUCCUUUAGGUUUUCAGAAACUUUUUCACUUUAUCCACAGUUUAUGUUUCACUUAAGGCGGUCCCCUUUCCUGCAAGUUUUUAACAACAGUCCUGAUGAGAGUUCAUACUAUCGUCAUCAUUUUAUGCGUCAAGAUCUAACACAGUCACUUAUCAUGAUUCAGCCAAUCCUCUAUGCUUAUUCUUUCAAUGGACCUCCAGAGCCUGUUCUUCUUGAUAGCAGCAGCAUUUUGGCAGAUCGCAUUCUUCUUAUGGACACCUUUUUCCAAAUCCUUAUCUAUCAUGGAGAGACCAUAGCUCAGUGGCGAAAGUCAGGCUACCAGGACAUGCCAGAAUAUGAAAACUUCCGUCAUCUGUUGCAAGCUCCAGUAGAUGAUGCCCAGGAAAUUCUCCAUUCCAGGUUCCCAAUGCCCCGGUACAUUGAUACAGAGCAUGGAGGCAGUCAGGCCCGCUUCCUGCUUUCUAAAGUCAAUCCUUCUCAGACUCAUAACAACAUGUAUGCCUGGGGACAGGAGUCCGGAGCACCUAUUCUUACAGAUGAUGUCAGCCUGCAGGUCUUCAUGGAUCAUCUGAAGAAACUUGCUGUCUCUAGUGCUGCCUGAAAUUCUGCAACAUACUAAAGACAUUGACAAGCUGAAGCCAUAUUUAAUUUUUAGUUUUCAUUUACCCUUUUCAUUGCGUCUGCAAACAGAAUGCUCUGAUAUGCAUAAGCUGCCUAACUAGAUUCAAAAUGGUGUUGUUUUCAAGUUAAAGCAUUUGUUAUCACCAAAUGUCUUAAUGCAAAGUGCAGUUUCUAAAAAUGACAUAUAGGAGGUUAAAUUGGAAUAUAAUCAGAGGAAAAAGAACAAAAUCUUUUUGGUUACUAUGAUAUUAUAAUUAUUUUAGACCAUUAAUGAUAACUCUCUCUCUGUAUUUUUUUUAAAAUGGUCAUGUGUAUGAUUCUGCCUUGCACUACAAAGAUGUUAAACAUUACAAAGGAAAUCUAUAAUGGCACUAGCACUCGUUUGCCUGGUGCCUAGUUUUGUUUACUCAUUUUUAACAGAGAGGAAACAAAAGCAGCAGCAAAAAGCAUAUGGAAUAAUAUAAAUUCAUUAUUUUGAUUUUGUCCACAGAGCAUUU